UUAAAGGGCGGUGGCGACGGGGCGGGGGAGGCAGAACGUUCGGGGCAGGCUGGGUCGGGGUUCUGGGGCCUGCUUUCCACUCAGGCGCAAAGAUGGGGUGCUUCACCUUUAUCAAGGUCAUGAUGAUCCUCUUCAACCUGGCCAUAUUUCUCGGUGGUGGGACCCUCCUGGGAGUUGGCAUCUGGGUUGCAGUGGAUGGAAAGUCGUUCCUGGAUAUUUUUGGGGCACUCUCCUCCAGUGUCCUGCAGGUUGUGAAUGUGAGCUACUUCCUCAUCGUCAUUGGUGCCAUCCUGCUUGUCAUCGGCUUUCUUGGGUGCUGUGGUGCCCAGAAGGAGAGCAAGUGUCUCCUGAUGUUGUUCUUCGCCGUGGUGCUGAUCAUCUUCAUUGCUGAGAUUGCUGCUGCUGUGGUGGCUCUGGUCUACACAGGUCUUGCAGAAGUACUGCUGAGGGGUGUGGUGACCCCUCUCCUGAAGGAGAAGUUUGGGAACGAUGAUCCUUUCACACAAAUCUGGAAUGUCACCAUGGGGGAGAUUGGUUGCUGUGGCCUGAAUAACUACACAGACCUCACAGACUCCCCGUGGUACAUCAGUAACAACCACACCUACCCAGCACCCUGCUGCAAGGACGUGAAGCCCUGCAGUGACACUCUCGCUGCGGAAAAAAAUGUCACGGGUUGUUUCAAGCAGAUCCUGGAAGAUAUCAAGACCAAUUCAGGUGUGGUGGGUGGUGUGGCAGCUGGGAUCGCUGCCUUGGAGAUCGCAGCCAUGGUGGUUUCCAUGUACCUGUACUGCCAGCUGGAUCACAAAUGACCACAGGAGGCAGGAGGAUGAUCUGCUCCCCACACCGGGCUGGGAUGUGCCCAUGCUGUACUCUUGGUGUGGGGAGGGGGACCCCAUUGCUCCUUGGGCCUGAUGCUGUGAUUUAUAGAUUUUGAUCUACUGAGCUGGGAUCUGUAGAGUUUAUGAGUAUAUUUUUGUACUGAUGUGGCACACUGAGUCUGUACAUAGAGACAGGGGGGGUUGUGUUUUCUUUUUUUGUUUGUUUUUUCUGAAGGGGACUGGGAGGGGAAGCUGCUUAAUCUUUCUGGGGAGAAAAAGUGGCACAGGGGCUGAUCACUGCUGCAGAUCCAGCAGUGGCAUGGUGAUGUCUUGAUUAAACCUUUGCAGGCCAGUACUGUACCUCUCCCAUGCUGUCCCCGUGGUGUCCCUGGAUGGGGUCUAUCAGGGCAAGGGGCUGGAGCUGCUCUGUGCCCUCCCCUGCAUCACCCCACUGAAUGGGGGCUGGUCCCAGCUAAGGUGUUGUAGGUGAUAACUACACCCUCAAAAGAUGAUGUAUUUACCCCUGCACCCAUCCUCUGCCAGCCCUGACCCUGUCACUGGGUUGUCCCCUAAACACUGUGUUGUCCACCAGGCGCUGGCUGGUGGCUGCCUUGCCCUGGCAUGAAGCACAGACUCA